AUGUUGCUACAAUUCACUAAUUGCCAUCUUUGCGACCACGGCAUCAUCACCCACAACACAGAUCUCUUCGUCGAUACUGAGACAGGCAAGAUCGUUGCCCCACCAAAGAACAAGAAGGUGCUGGUGAAGAAAGUUGACCUUGGCGGCCAUAUCUUGGCUCCUGGAUACAUCGACAUUCAAAACAACGGUAUCUAUGGUUUGAACUUCAGCAAUCUCAAGGAAGACUCUCUGGCGGAUGAGAUUGCUCGCUUCAAGGCCUUCUACAGAGAUGCCAUGGCCAAAUACAUGAGAACUGGUGUUACCUCGAUGUGCCCCACCGUGACGUCGAAUUUUCCAGGCACUUAUGAAAAGGUGUUGCCUGUUUACAAGAAAACCAGAUCGGAAAGCAUGUGUGACUCGCUAGGUGCUCACUGUGAAGGGCCCUUCAUUAGUCCCGCUAAGAAGGGAUGCCACCCAGUAGAGACCUUCACUGAUGCCACAAAAGAAGGAGGUUUGGCCAGAGUUUACGGCCAGCAGAAUUUGCUUGAGAACGUUGCCAUUGUCACGGCCGCCCCUGAGAUCCCGGGUGUGUUGGACGCUAUUCCCGAGCUCACAGAAAACGACGUCAUCUUCUCUGUUGGCCACACAUCGGCAGAUUACAAGACGAGUUUGGAAGCUGUCCACAAGGGCGCCUCCAUGAUCACACACUUAUACAACGCCAUGCCUCAGCCACAUCACAGAGACGUUGGCGUGGUUGGUCUUGUCACCUCUCCUUCCACAGGCAUGGACAGCCCUUACUUUGGCAUCAUCUGCGAUGGUGUUCAUGUCGCCCCCUCCAUGUGCGUUUUGGCCUACAGAGCCAACCCAGAUAAGUGUGUUCUCACGACAGAUGCCAUGCACUUGAUUGGAUUGCCUGAUGGCACUUAUAAGUGGGAUCAACAAAGAUCGUCAAGAAGGGUCCAAGACUUUAUCUUGAAGGCACAACGACAUUGGCAGUGGGCCAAUAUCUCCUUGGCGCAGGCUGUCAAGACCGUCACCAAUAACGCUGCUGACUCUCUUAAUGUCUCGAAUGAGAAGGGUUACUUGAAAGUUGGCUGUGAUGCCGACUUGGUCGUCUUGGACAAUGAAGGGUACAUCAAGACGGUUUACAAGUGUGGUCAGGCCGUCCCUUCCAUUGACGAACGUGUGUCUGCUUCUCUUUGA